AUGCCUUCUGAACAUGAUAUAAACAUCAUUAAGGAAUUACCGUUAGUGCAAGAAACAGUACAAAAUACUGACAUAAAACCAGAAUUUUCUGAAAAACAAACAGCUAACUUGGAGGAAGAAACACAAAAAGAUAAUAUAGCUAUUAAUAAAAAACUUUACCUUCUGAAGAAGGUGACUUAG